AUAAAACACGUCGAAAUACAAGACCUUUAUUUAUAUAUAUACCAAUCUGCUUUUUACUUAAUUUUCUGAAACUCUGGUGAUUGUUUCGUUGUAAAACAGGGGCGUGGACUCAUGAUGCAUCUGCCUCACAUAUAAUUGACAAUAAGUUUCUCUCAUAUAAUUGACAAUAAGUUUGAAAAGCUGGUGUAGUCGCUAGAAGAUUCCGGUCAUAACAUGGAUCAACCCGAAUGUGUACACCCCAAUAAUAUCACUAAAUGAAACCCCUAUUGUAACCAAGAAGCUUAAUUUGACGCGGUGUGACUUGAGUCAUCCAACUUUGACACCCACACGUGUCAGGUCUUAGCUUACAUGUGUCAAUGCUUAACAGUAACACUCUGCUCACGAAGCUGGUGCUAGCUGUGUCUUAUAUAUACACAAAUCCCCUCCUGAAAGACCACUUGUUUCAGACAUGGGUUUUCUCGAAUACGUCUCUGAAAAAUGCGACUGCUAUGACUCUCACCGCGAAAGUAAGCUCAAGAAAAGGCAGCUACGGACGGUGGAGAUUAAGGUAAAAAUGGACUGUGAAGGAUGUGUAAGAAGAGUGAAGAAAUCUGUGGAAGGAAUGAAGGGAGUGACCGAUGUUGAGGUGGAUCCCAAGCAGAGCAAGCUGACGGUCACCGGCUACGUGGACCCCAACAAGGUUCUACAUCGUGUCAUUCAUCGAACGGGGAAGAAGGCCGAGUUCUGGCCCUAUGUGCCGUUCGAUGUCGUACCCCACCCGUAUGCCCCGGGGGUUUACGAUAAGAAGGCCCCACCCGGAUAUGUUCGGAAUGUUCUGGACGAUCCGGAUCCAGAGAAAUCCGCACUCGCACGUGCUAGCUCUUUCGAAGUUGCGUAUACGACUGCGUUUAGUGACGAGAACCCCAACGCUUGUGUAGUUAUGUGACGUCGUUCCUAUGUUUUGGCUGUGAAUACGGUUGGUGAUAUAUCUUAUCUAGAGCCAAAGAGCAUGUUCUUGGAAAAUCAUUAGUUCGAUUUUUACUAGGAAUAUGAAUAGUAUCUUUGUGGUCACGUAUUAAAUUUAAAUUUUUA